CUCGAAAUGAGACCCCCCUCCCUUUAUAAAUUACGAAAUCUGGAGUGCCCCCCGCCCCUCUGCGCGCGCCGCCGAGGACGCCCGGACCGAGUGGCCCGGGCCCGCCGAGCCCGCGCGGGCCCCCGCGCUCUCGCAGGGCACCCCGUGCGCCGCCGUGCGGCAGACCCUCCGCUUCCGCACCCUGCGCGCGGGCGCGCCCGCGUGCGCCCGCAUGCGCGAGGGCCACGGGGCGGAGUGCGAGCUGCUGGGCGCGGGGGCCUUUGACCCGGAGCGCUGCGCCGUGAGGGUCGCUUCUGGGAGGCUCUUCACGGGGAGGGCCGGCAGGUGCAGAGCGCCCUCCCGCGCGCCGCCGGAGCCCGCCUUUGGGGCCUGCGCGCUGGUGAGCAGCAGCGGCGCGCUGCUGGGCUCGGGCUGCGGCGGCGAGAUCGACGGCCACGAGGCCGUCUGGCGCAUGAACUCCCCCGUCGUCGCGGGCUUCCAGCAGGACGUCGGGGCCCGCACGGACUUCAACGUCAUGAUGUCCUGGCCGGCGCGCCUCGUCGUGGGGCCGGAGGCCCCGGGCUACGAGGAGGCCGCGGCCGUGUCUGGGGAAGUUCCAGGCAGCCGCUUCCCCUCGGUGCCGCACAGCAGUCCGCCGCGGCCGCUGGACCUGCUGAACGCGACGGCCGUGUGCUCCGGAGGCUGCGGGAGCAUCUGCGGCAAGCUGAUGUGCGCGAACGCCUCCAGGUGGAACGCCAGGGGGUUCCAGUGCGCGAACAACCUCUUCAACGAGGUGCUGGCGGACUUCCGGCGCACGUUUCCCUCCAAGUGGUCACGGUCGACUGGCCUCCGGACCACGUUCUUGGCAGGGGCCAUGUGCUCCGAGGUGAACUUGUACGGCUUCCGGGCGCUCCUGCCGCACCAGCCGUACCACUACUGGGAGCCCGUGGUGCAGAACGAGAGCUCGCCAGACGUCCAGGCUAGGAAGAACCACCACAUGGACUUUGAGCACGCGCUGAUGGACAGGCUGUCGAGGCUCCCCGCCGUGCCGCUGUGCAGGACGCUGGAUCCUGCUCGCCAGCACCCGAAGGUGUGACGCCACGCGGGCCGGGAGGCGCGCGCCGUGUGCGCGCAGGGUCCGCGGCCCCAUAGACGGCGGGCGUGGGAGGCCCGUGGCCGGUGGCUUCUGCUGCGACCGGCCUUGGCCUCCGAGACACGGCAGGACUGCGCGCACGCGCGCGCAGUGCAGGUGUGAGAGUGUGCGAGUGUGCGGGUGUGCAA